CGGUAAAUGAUGAGAGAUUUUCAUUUUUUGGAUGAACUAACCCUUUAAAAUAAUUAAUUGUGACUAAUUUCUUGAUUUCAGAAGUUUUAAGAGCAGUUCUUCAAUAAAACCACAGUUGUUUUGGGGACUAAAAAUAUCUUCACUGUCUAUCGUCACUUGAUGGCGCUAUUUGAAGGGUUAUAAACAUUCGAACGUUGACCCAACUUUCAAAAUGGAAUCCGACUCUAAAUUAGAGAAUAUAUUUGAAGUGAACCCUUACUACCCGGUGGAUCUACCAGUGAAGCAUUAUGUCGAGCUGAGCACAGGAUGUGAAGAAUACUUGUCCAGUGUCCAGUCAGACGGUGCCAUGCCUCUCACCCUUCCUCAUGGACAGAAUGUACAAGUAACUUGUGAAAACAUUGGUCGGCUUGCAUUUCUGAGAGAUGGUGACCUUUUACAUUUCCUUCUUGCUCUCCAUGAACCUGAGGAUGAAACCCAAGUGGUUGCUCUGUACUUGCAAGGCAUGUGGUGGCCCAUUGGUGAUGUUUUGAAGACGUCAAACAAAUCGAGACAUGGACUUGUGUUAGUGGAGACAGUGAUGGAGAGAGUAGUGUUAUUCCUGCUCAGUCAGGUUAUAUUUGGGAUUCUGGAACGGUCUCUCGGAGAAGAUCUAUACUUUUCUGCCUAUUCCGUAUGGGAAAAUGCCAAGAUUCUCUGGCAAAAUGGAGAAGCGGUUGGGUUUUACACCAUCAAAAAUAAGGGCAGCCUAUGUGAUGGCUGUACUGGUCAGAGUUAUCAACUCCCUGUGCUGGACACAGUGUUUGUUCGCUCAUACUGGAGAAGAAAUGGACUUGCUUUACAGAUGCUGGAGGAUUUCUGCUCAUCUCAACCUUCAGAAGGGAUUCUGGGAAUUAGCUUUCCCAUGUCUUCUGGCAUGUAUGGAGUUUGCAGGAAGUAUCUUGACAUCCAUGAAGAAGAAAGAGAUCGGCUCUAUGAGGUGGAAGCCCCUGGUGACUGGACUCAGAGACGCAAUGUGUGGUUAAACAUCCAGCUGCAGCAAAUUCCAACAGACUGUGGAGACUCAGAGCAAGUUUCACACACCUCAUACAGUGACGAAAGAAGUAGACCUCAUUUAAAAGAACAGGGGAUUCUGCAACAAUGUGGAUCAUCAGUCAGCCUCAAAGAGGUAUCAAGCUCUUUUAAGAAGCGACCAGCAGAGCAGACCAAGUCAAGAAACAACUAUAAGAAAGCCAGGACUUAACAUUUAAUUGCAGUUCAAUGUAUUUAAUGUGUCCAGUGAGAUCUCAGAUAGACUGUGUCCUUUCAAACUGUGUCAGAGAAAACCUAAACAUUCAAAACAUAUAAUUGGGCUGUCUAUACUGUAUAAAUAUCAUAUUUUCAGUAUUUUAAGAUAAUGCAAGGAGGGGAAGUACUGUACAAGUAGCAUCAUGAUUAGUCUACAAUAAUGGUAUUUGUGACCUGAGUGAACAAAUCCGUAUUUCUGUUGUUGUUGUUUUUGUUUGUUUUUUUGUUUUUUUAAUCUGAAUCUUUGAAUCUGGAAAUGGUUAAAUAAAUACCCUUACAAAAAUCUAGAGUUCUGGCAAACAUGCCACAAAUUUGACACAUGCACACGAUUUUUGAGCAAAACUCUUCAUUGUUGCCACAGGUUUGCCACAAGUUGCAAAUUGUCUGUUUUUGCCAAAGGUUUGCUGCAGGUUAACCACUACCAGUGAAUAGCUGCAAACUUCUGGCACUAAUUGUUUUGUUUGCUGCAAAUUUACCACAUAACAAAAACCAAAUAAAUAAUAAAAACUAUCAAACAUUUUUGCAAGGGUAUGGAUCCCUCUGUAUUCGGUGCACAUUUGAUUAACUGUCUGAAUACUCCACAACAUUAAGCACAUUAAACCUCCAACAAAUCAUAUUUUUCCACCUCAGGCAUCAAAUACCUUUUUAUAACUGUAUAAUUCUUUUGUCUUUUUAAAAAAAAAAUUAUUUGGGAACAUUUUUCUUAACCCUGUCAUGGACAUAAAGUGAUUUGAAAAUGAUGUAAACCUUUACGUGUCAAGCUGUGCUCAGCAAACAAUACAUUGUUUUUUUAACUGUGUUCCUAUUUUAAUUAUCCAGUAUUGUCACUCUUGUCUCAACCUCGUCACAACUCUACUACCACUAAGCUACUUGCACCCACAUAUUUUUAACAUCAUGUUUCAUUCAAGUAUAUACAUAGUAUUUUUUUAAUGUAUAAUAUAUUGAAGAUUCCAUAUUUUUGUUACAAUAUUCAUAAAUGUAGUGAAUUGCUCAUAACACAUGGUGACAGUGAAGAAAUGUGACGGGGAGUUGUGUUUUUUUGCUCAAAAUGGCCACUGUUCCUUGUGUGAUGUAGGAGAGAAGACCACAUGGCAUGCAUGAAAUUAAUCAGUUCUAUAUAUAUUUAUGGAUUAAAAUAUCAGUUUGAAAAGUA